GGGAAGCGCGGGCCCGGCCCCGCCGCCGCCGCCCGCGGGGAGACGCGUCCCGCGCCCGGCGGCCCCGCGCGCAGCGCCAGAUCCCCUCUUGCAGUGCAGGGGGGGGGGGGUCUCACCCCCACCCCACCCCCUCCGCCCCGGAGCGCAUCCCUGCCAGCACCCUGUGAUGGCCCCGGGACCUGCUGCCUCCCCGCAGCCAGCCAGAGAGGAGAAGCCAGUGGGGACCGCCAGGAAGGGGGACUAACCCCCCAUCCAUGGCAGGGGGCAACCGCCCGGGGCUACCGGAGAGCAGCCCAGUGCCCGGGGUCUGUGCCCGUUCCUCGUCCCCCCGCCGCGCGCACUGCCGCCCACGAGGCUCCCGGUGAACCCCGGCCAUGUAGGCGCAGCCCGGGGCUUCACCGACGGCCACCGGCAACAUGCAGCAGGGCUACGCGGCCGUCCUGUGUGUCCUGGCCGUGCUGGGGCUGGAGGCUGCUGCGCCGGGCGAAUGCGAGCUCACACGCCUGCUCCAGGACAAGCUGCAGUACGAGAUGCGCCUGCGGUACAUGAAACACUACUUCCCUAUCAACUACACGGUCCAGGUCCAGUACGAAGAGGUGCUGAGGCCGUCCAACAUCACCCGCCUGCGCAAUGGGACGGUGUCGGAGGCAGCACUGCGGUACCUCUGGUUCCACGUCAGCUCCCAGGCGGUGCUGCGGAUCCGUGAGGUGCUGCCAGAGAGGCACCCAUCCUGGAAGUACACCCAGGAGUUGUGCCAGCUCUUCGACGCCCUGGGCAAGGAGUACAGCAAGUACCGGCAGGUCGGUGGGAGUCCACCUAACACUGCAGAAGACCCCUUGCUUGAUGCCUUCUCCUUGCCCUGGAGCCUGGGAUGCUGCCUCUGCUCUGCUCCCCCACCCCAGCAGAGCCUCUUGGGGGGGGUCCCCAAGGAAGGUGCAACAGGGGGACAAAUGCCACCCUCUCCAGGACCAAACACUCUCCCCCUCCAGGACCCUGGGACUUUCCACAGCCACAGGGUCAGCCCCAUCCGAAAUGCCAGGCACCUUCUACAUGGGUGUGGGCUGGGGGGGGCUUGGACACAGCCUCCCCCCAUGGGCAAGCCACUGCUGGCUGCGGGGAGGGGGAGACACGCUGCCCUGCCCGCAGCAGGGGUGAGGGCAUCGCUCGGUUCCUCUUGGUUUGUAUUUUUUCCUCAGCUUUCAUUAAACACCAGUUAAUUCUCUAGUGUUGCAGCUCAGCGUCCAACCGGGUCGCGGGAACCUCCAACCUUACCCGAAAUAAAGGACCAGCAGAGAGAA